AUGAGGAGCUUAUUCUUGGUCCUCAUGGUCCUUGUCUUGCUCUCCUAUGUUCCACCAGUUAGAAGUGGAGUGAAUGCAUAUAUAAGAAGCCUCUUUUCUUCAUGCUGGCGGCUGAAAGGUUCUUGCAGGAUGAAAUGUGGAAGAAAAGAAAUAUUUCAUAUUUUUUGUGAUACUACAUAUCUGUGUUGCAUAGACAAAAAGGAGUUACCUAUUUUGGUUGGGAAAUAG